GAGACUGAUCUUCUUUGUAAAGACCAAAACGUGAGCUAAAUUUCAAAGGAAUUUGCAAUAUUGAAAAUUAACAAAAUAUCUUAGACAUACUAAUAAAGCAAGAAAUUUCAGCCAUGGGUUUUGCUGAUCUCUUGGACAGAAUCGGAGGUAUGGGACGGUUUCAAAUAACGCAAGUUAUCUUGCUAUGUAUACCAAUAUUUCUGAUGGCAAGUCAAAACCUUCUACAGAAUUUUAGUGCUGCAAUUCCAGAACACAAAUGUAGAAUAAAUGAGACUGAUAAUUUUAACACCAGUUGGAGUGAAAGGAAAGGAUGGCAGAGGGUGUUCUCCCCAAAGGAUGCUGAAGGGAAUUUGGACAAAUGUGUGGAAUAUGUUGAUGUGCACUGGAUUAUGGUGGCUUCUAAUGUCACAUGGCACAACACCACAGAUUUGAAAACACAACCAUGUGUGAAUGGUUGGGAAUAUAACAGGGAUGAGUUCAGUUCAACAAUUAUCACAGAGUGGGAUUUGGUGUGUGGACGCAAGAACCGACGACAACUGGCUCAAUCCAUAUAUAUGGCAGGGGUACUGGCAGGAGCUAUCAUCCUUGGGGGCCUUUCUGAUAGGUAUGGAAGAAGAGCUUUACUGAUCUGGUCUUAUCUACAAUUGGCUGUCAGUGGGACCUGCACAGCAUUCUCACCCAAUUACCUCUCCUACUGUGUGUUCCGCUUCCUUAGUGGCAUGGCUCUGUCUGGAAUUAGUCUGAACACUACUGCAUUAAUAGUGGAGUGGAUUCCUACCAAAGUUCGGACUAUUACAGGAACAAUGGCAGGAUAUUGUUACACAGUUGGCCAGCUCAUCUUAGCAGGACUGGCAUACGGCAUUCGAGACUGGCGCUGGCUGCAGCUAACUGUUUCUCUACCAUUUAUUAUCUUCUUUAUGUAUUCCUGGUGGUUUCCUGAAUCUGGUCGGUGGCUUGUUCUUUCUGGGAAACCAGAGAAAGCAGUGAAGGAGAUAAAGAAAGUAGCAAAGUUAAAUGGGAAGACUGACGAAGGGGAGAAGAUAACAUUGGAGACUCUGAAAUCUGACAUGAUAAAAGAGAUGGCUUGUGCGACAUCAUCCUACAGCAUUAUUGAUUUGGUUCGGACCACCACUUUGCGCAGAAUAUCAUGUGGUGUGAGCUUUAUAUGGUUUUCCACUAGUUUUGCGUACUAUGGUCUAGCUAUGGAUCUGCAGAAGUUUGGUGUCAGCAUCUACCUAAUCCAGGUUAUCUUUGGAGCUGUUGACAUUCCAGCCAAACUGAUUUCCACCACAAGCAUGAUCUAUAUAGGCCGAAGAGUGACACAGGGUGUCUCCCUCAUUCUUGGUGGACUUGCUGUCCUUGCAAAUAUCUUUGUGCCAACUGAGUUACAGGUGCUCAGAACCAGUUUGGCAGUAUUUGGAAAGGGCUGCUUUGCGGCAUCAUUUAGCUGUGCUUUUCUUUUCACCACAGAGCUGUACCCCACAGUUAUAAGACAGAGUGGCCUUGGGCUGGGCAGCACCAUGGCACGUUUGGGUGGAAUCGUUGCUCCUCUCGUGAAAAUGUUGGGAGAUUUUUAUCCUUUCUUACCACUUUUAAUCUACGGAGGUGUCCCUGUUUUAUCUGGGCUAGUAGCCUACUUCCUACCAGAGACUGUCAACAAACCUCUACCAGACACUAUAGAAGAAGUGGAGAUGGGCAAGAAAACACCAGCAAAAGAGAAGGAAAUUGUACCCUUACAGUCUCUGAAAACUAAACCUGGAGUGAUGGAAAAAAAGGACAUUUUACCUUUACAGCCACUGAAAAUUGACCCUGCACCACAAGAAGUAUGAGGACAACAUGACAAAUAAUAAAGAGAAAUGGAACAUUGCAAGCUCUACACAACACCUUUUAACUUGGAAUCUUAGGAAAUAUCAUGAUAUAUAGCCAAGAUAUUUUGUUGACUUGUGACAAGUAUUUCUUCCUAAAGUAUAUUUGAGGGUUUACAAGUCAUUUUCAUAGCAAUAUGAUACUUGAUCCCUAAUACAUUUGUCUUAUUGCAUAAGAGUCCUUGAAAAACAGUUACAGUAAGUGAGAUACUGAUUUCCUCGAUGUCUCUGAGUGGAGUCCUGAUAUCAGUGUGGGUAAAUGUCUUGUGUGUUACUCUAGUCAGGGGAGGGCAGGCGCCAUUAAGCCCAAGGGCAAGUUUGGCCAAAUGGCUCAGUAAUAUAGCUUCCAAAAGAAAAAUUGACAGAUAAUGGGUUUCAUUUUCUAAACUAUAGGCUCAAUGAGUAAACAAAAUCCAACUAGCAGAUUCACUAAAACCAACUUGUAUGCACAGGAGGAUGUAAGGUGACUUGCAAUUAUCCCCCCAAGACAUCAGAAAUUAUCUUAGAGAAGCAAUCUAUUUCUGUCAACAAAGAUAGCGGUGGCGGCCGGCUACAGCAGAGCUUAGGAAACCAUCAGCAAUCACUUCCUAAGCGUAACUGGUGUUGCUGACAUGCUUCAAUAUCGAGGCAUUCAGCAGCACACACACCCUACACCGAUUGCCUUGUGAUUGCUCAGAAGAGCAACCACGAGUGUCAUCAGUGAGUGACAUUGCUGCCACUCACAAAAUGGCAGCUCCAAUUGAAACUAGUUCACAGAGGGUCUAUCUGAGGUACUGCAUUCAACCAUGCAAGUCAAUGAAGCCCAGCUCACUAAUCACAGUAUGAUCAGUAAAAUAAAAAAUAAAAAAAAA